AUGGAGCCAGCAGCUAAUCCAAGGAAGAAGGUGAUGAGAGAUGACAGCAAUCCAAAUCACCCUACGUCAAAGUGUAAUAAAAGAGGCCAGUGGGCCAACAAGAGGGAGUUCUUUUUGGCAGUCUUUGGUGAAAUCAUUGGCCUGGGAAAUGUUUGGAGAUUUCCAUAUCUGUGCUUCAAAAAUGGAGGCGGUGUUUUCCUGGUUCCUUAUGUUUUAUUCCUGGUCACAUGUGGAAUCCCCAUCUUCUUUCUGGAGCUGUCUCUGGGGCAGUUAACUGGUCAGGGUUCAAUCACAUGUUGGAGGAAAAUAUGUCCUAUACUUGAAGGUUUAGGAUAUGGCGGUCAACUAGUUAUUCUUUACACUGUGAUGUAUUACAUCAUCAUCUUGGCUUGGGCAAUCUUCUACCUCUUCUCCUCCUUCAACUCUAAGCUGCUCUUGGCCAGCUGUAACAACACCUGGAAUACAGCAACAGCCAGUAGUUAG